GACAGCCAGGGGCGCCGGGGGCCUGUUUGCCGUCCGGUUAAUGAGUGAGCCGCAGCGGGGAAACUUCCCCGACGGCAGCGGGCGCCCGGGGGGAGCAUCCCUGCCCCCGCUCCCGCCGCCCCCCGCCCGCAGGUGCAGGGGGCUGGCACUCGGCGGGGGAACUGGAAAGAGCUGGUUCCAGCGUGCACUUUAGCUCCUGGCCGGGAGGGAGCCGGGGGCUCGGAGCGCCGCCGCUCGCCGCGGGACGAUGGCGCGGGGGCUGCGGCCGCUGGCGGGGGCGCUGCUCGUGCUCGAGGUGGCGGCCGCCGUCAGCUUCGUCCACCACCGCUACGAGGAGAUGGUGCAGGCCCUGUUCCGCGUGCAGAGCGAGUGUCCCUAUGUCACCCGCGUCUACAGCAUCGGCCGCAGCGUCGAGGGCCGGCACCUCUACGUGCUGGAGUUCAGCGACUACCCCGGCAUCCACGAGCCCCUGGAGCCAGAGUUCAAGUACGUCGGGAACAUGCACGGGAACGAGGUUCUGGGCCGCGAGCUGCUGCUGCAGCUCUCCGAGUUCCUGUGCGAGGAGUACCGCCGGGGCAGCGAGCGCGUCACCCGCCUCCUCCACGACACACGCAUCCACAUCAUGCCCUCCAUGAACCCCGACGGGUACGAAGUGGCUGCCAAGCAGGGCCCGGACAGCAUCGGGUACUUGACGGGGAGGAACAACGCCAACGGAGUGGACUUGAACCGCAACUUUCCUGACCUCAACACAUUCAUGUACUACAGCGGGGAAAUUAGCGGGCCAAAUCACCACAUCCCGCUGCCUGACAACUGGAAAAGCCAGGUGGAGCCGGAGACAUUGGCUGUGAUUCAGUGGAUUGGCAGCUACAAUUUUGUGCUGUCGGCCAACCUGCACGGUGGAGCGGUGGUGGCAAACUACCCCUACGACAAGUCUCAGGACCAGCGGUUCAGGAGCCACCGGCGCACAGUCAACACACCCACCCCUGACGACAAGUUGUUCCAGAAGCUGGCCAAGACGUACUCGUAUGCCCACGGCUGGAUGCACCGCGGCUGGAACUGUGGGGACUACUUCGCUGAUGGCAUCACGAACGGGGCGUCCUGGUACUCGCUCAGCAAAGGCAUGCAAGACUUCAAUUACCUCUACACCAACUGCUUUGAAAUCACCCUGGAGCUGAGCUGCAAUAAGUUUCCCCCUGAGAAGGACCUGGAGCGGCAGUGGAUGGCCAACCGGGAGGCGCUUGUUGCUUUCAUUGAAGAGAUUCACCAGGGCAUCAAAGGGAUGGUGACAGACGAGAACAACAACGGCAUUGCAGGAGCAGUCAUUUCUGUCCAGGGAAUCAGCCAUGACGUUACCUCCGGUGACAUGGGGGAUUAUUUCCGGCUGCUGCUGCCUGGCACUUACACUGUCACAGCCUCUGCAGAGGGCUACCAGCCCCAGACAGUGACAACAACAGUGGGCCCGGCUGAACCUUCACUGGUGCACUUCCAGCUCAAACAAGAUGUGGUGAGGAAGCCCCCGGAGCGUAAAGCCUCAGGCACACGCACGAACAAUAAAACCCUUCAUAAGAAGGUAGUGCCAAGAGCCACCCGCCGAGGGACCCAGAGAUGAGGACAGCUCACUUGGCUGGGAGCUGAGGGAAGCCCUUUGUAUGAGGCCUGGCUGAAGACUGCAGCCAGUGAACUUUCCAAAAGUCCAGCAUGAAACUAGCCCAAAUUAUUAGGUUAUUAAACGAGGAAGUAUUUAAUCCCUGA